AUGCGCACUUUUACAUCUCUUUCCUUAAUCACGGGGGAUCACCUAAUACCCACAGUCCACCCGUUUCGCAACCCAACAAACGACUCGAGAUCUUUCCGAAAGAAUUGCGCUAGCCGUAACCAAGGCCCGGGUGAGUUCUUUCAGAUUCAGCUUCCCCAUCAGUUUAUAACGAGUCUCAGUACAUUCAGGGUGCAGUUUGAGCUAAUACAUCGAGAUGUAUUUAGCGAUAUACCUCCAGAACCUUUUAUUCCACCGCGACGAGAUAUGAAAGAACUCAAUCCUCGAUCGUGGGAAUCGCUGGAUGAUAUUGGCGCCCAUAGUUCUGUCAUUGAUUUCAUUUGCGAUCUUAGUCUAGACGUUGGAAGGCCAGGUCCUAGAAGUGUCGACACAGUCCCGCCUGAAUUUACUUAA